AUGGAUGGUGGCCCUCGCAAAGUCCAGGGGAUAAAGGCAGGACAGGCGGUCUCGAAGGAUCUUAAAAGGCGAAUUCCAUCUGGGAUUGGAGCAAAGGCAGCGGCAAGAGAUCCUCAUGUGGAGAUCGAUCUGACAGGCAAAGAAGUCACCGACGAGGGAUUUGCAGUUUUCGUAGAUGAUCUUAUAAAUUGCAUUCAGUAUCGCGAUGCAGAGCAUCCUGAUGGCAUCGUCCACCUAACUGAGAUCGCGAUAAAGGGCAAUGCAUUGACGGUCGCAUCUAUAGAGAAGUUGGGCCGUGUCAUCGCGCUCAGCAAUGACAGCUUGACACAGGUGGACAUCUCAGACAACCAGAUUUCUGUUACUUCCAGAAAAGAGAGAGACUUGACUUCAGUGGCAAUCCUUUUGGGGGGCGGGGGUUUCGACGUGUUUGCCAGGGUCUACACGCAAAGCGAUCUGGAUUUUGUCGUCGAACCUCUCAGCAACGAUCGAGUAAAUAUGUCUGUCGAUACUGAUGGGGUGAAAACAAUCAGCCGAGCCAUGGGAACCGUUGGUCUGAACCAAGACAAAGAGAACAGGAGACCCCGAGGGGACCAGACACCAUUGACAGGAAAUAACAGCUGCCAUCAAGAUGCUUUGAAGGUUUUUGGAUCCCCAGCCAGCCAUCAAGAAGUGCAAACCACAGAUGAGACCAGAUAUUCAAGUACACGAGGCCUUCGAUCAGUCCCACACCUGGUUUUCUCAAACUCAUGUAUAACUAAUGCAUGCGCGUUUCACCCCUGGACUCUUGUUCUUGCUCACCGCCAACCAGAUAAGCUGUUACAGUUUCUCCCACCUGGGAAACCAGUGGCACCCCUGGAGGAAGCUAACACUGAGAACGGCAUUGUGUACACACCGUCCAAGGAACUAAGUGCUCUGGGGCUAAGACUGCUUGACCUUGGCAUUGAAUUCCGCCAGCAAAAUUCCGAAGCCGAUGCAGAAGAGACAGCACCCCAGGUCUUCGACGACGACAACGAGUUAGAAGAGUCUGAAAUCACAAAACAGAGAGAGCUACGAAGAAAGCACAAUAUCGAGAUGGAGCGAGUGAAGAAUCGCCUACUUUUGGAUGUUCUCAAGACCGAAAAUGUGUAUACAUUUCUGAUAUUUGGGUCGUAG